AUGUCAUCCAAUCCCUCUCGUAUUUUGGAUCAACUUGUUGAUCAAUCUCCACUCACCGAACCACCAACGACUAACAAUAAUUCUAAAGAUGAAAGAACAGUAACAAACGGCAUUAUACGUCAUGGUGCACCAACAAUACCAUCGACAAUACCAUCGACAAUUCCGACAGAAAAACCAAAACCAAAAGGUAAUAUUUGUCCAGGUUGUGGAAAACCUGUUUAUUUUGCUGAAGAAAUCAAAGCUGCUGGACAGUCAUUUCACAAGUUCUGCUACAGAUGUGCCAAUUGUGACAAGAGUAUUAAUGGAGCAAAUUUUUCUGAGCAUAAUGGCAAAAUUUAUGAUAACAAUUGUUAUCGGCGUUUAUUCGGUCCAAAAGGUGUAGGUUAUGGGAUGAGCGCAGGUGCAUUAUCAACAGAUAAAUAA